AGCUUUUUGAACCUUGGAAGCUUUACGUAGAAAAGCCACAUGUAGCUGUCUAAGUCAAAACUACAACGCCGUUGAUCAUUAACAUCCAUUGGCGCUACUCAUUCUUUUCAUGAGUAGCCCAUUCGGUCUUUAUUCGUCAUGAAGUUCUCUGCGGUUGCAGCUACCUGCCUAACUUUCUUUUCCCAGGUCCUCGGCGAAACUAACACAGCCGGACCGUCGUCGUCGAAAGUCGUCCUCCCAGCUACCUUCAAACCACCCCAGGUUUUCAAGAAUGCCAAUCUAGUGCAUGUCAUCUCCCUAGAAAAGAAUUAUGCGAAGGAGGCAAUUAAUGUUUUAAUUGAGAACAUAUCGUCGGAACCUCAAGAUGAAUACUUCCUACCAUUUACGAGUGCGCAGAUGGCGCGGGCUGGCGGCCUUGAGGUGAAAGAUAGAAAAGAUUCUAGCAUAUCAGGCUUUGUCGCAGAGGUUGUCGAAUUCGAUCCGACAAGUGAUGUUCAAUACUAUCGCAUUCGACUACCCGCACCCUUGCCGGCCAAGGGUCAACAGACCCUGGGUAUCUCGUUCUACUACCUCGACGCACUCUCCCCGUUACCGGCUGCGAUCGAACAAUCCGAUAAGCAAUACCUCGUCUACCAAUUCUCGGCAUAUGCCCCGUCAGCCUACCCUACUUCAAAGCAGAAGACUGAAAUCAAGCUUCCAUCUUCUGAUAUUCCCGAUUACACCAAGAUUGUUGGUAGCGGCGAUGUCAAAGAAUUCCCCCAGAAGCAAGGCUCAAAGCUUACCUAUGGUCCCUUCCCCGAGGUCCCAGCCUUCGCAAUGUCUCCAGCGAAGGUGAGGUUCGAGUUUACGAAACCCGUUACUCACGUUUCGCUUUAUGAGCGAGACAUCGAGGUCAGCCAUUGGGGAGGAAACGUCGCGUUCGAAGAUCGAUACACUCUUUACAACCACGGCGCAAACCUCUCAUCUCAGUUUAACAGGGUUAAAUUUGCGCAAUCCCAGUAUUUCAACCCCCAGUCGUACGCCUUAAAGGACAUCAAGGUUCCUCUUCGAGUUGGAAGCAAGGACGCUUACUUCACGGAUGUUAUUGGCAACGUGUCGACUUCGCGCUUCCGGUCUAACCGACGAGAGGCCUUACUCGAAUUGAAACCCCGUUACCCCAUUUUUGGUGGUUGGAAGUAUCCAUUCACAAUUGGCUGGAACGCAGAUGCUAAGAGCUUUUUGCGAAAGAAGUCCGGUGAUAGCUACCUAUUAAAUGUGCCUUUCAUUGAGGGGCCUAAGCAACCUGAAGGUACCGCGUAUGAACAGAUCCAAGUCCGCGUGCUUCUUCCUGAGGGUGCUAGUAACGUUCGUUUCUAUACGACGGUCCCCGAGUCUUCCAUCACCGAUUUCACGGUGGAUCAGCAAAAGACGUAUUUGGAUACCAUUGGUCGCACUGUGUUAACAAUCAAUGCGAGGAACUUGGUAGAUGACUUCCGAGGCCGCGAUCUCAUUGUAUCUUACGAUUAUUCGCUGGCAGCUAGUCUACGCAAGCCGGUGAUCGUCUUCUCAAGCAUGGUGGCGUUAUUUGUUGGCAUCUGGGCGAUCUCCAAGGUGGAUGUGAAGUUCUCGACGAAAUAAGGGGCGUUUGGUUCGUUUUGGGACUAGGUGGUACAUAUGCGCGUGUGUACAUUACAGGUUUUCCAAAAGGAUUUUAUGGUGGCCUAGGAAAACUUUAGAGUAGCUCAGGGCAUAGCUCCGGCACGAAUGAAUACUGAAAUGAAAUGUUUCAAUUUGAC